AUGACUUCCCGCACUCAGUUCGCACUUAUUGAGGCGGAGAUGAAUAGGAGACAUCACCGCCCCGGCGUCGCCAGCCGUAGUCACUUUCUUUGCAUUGACGCCAUGGUAACCCGACACAAGUCAAUCUUGAAAUUAGAGGAUGAGUUCAACCCUGCCAAGGCCGUCGCAAAUGUUCCAACAAAAGCAUCAUCUGCUUCCUCCUCUAAAGCAUCGACAACACCUUUCGUCGCAGAGCUAUCUCUUCCAGAUCACCUUGCGUUGGCCGGCUUGCUGCUUGACAAACGCUCUAAAAAUGGUCUUCGUCAGUACCACAGAGCUCAAGUUUAUCUCAGCACUGCUCGAAAAAUCCAAGCGCACCUCACAACAACCUUGAACCAAGAGGUCGGUGUUGGAAGCAAGAACACAUAUGAGAAGAUGAUUGAGGCAAGACUUGAUGAUGCGGAGAGGGUGGCAAGACGAAUCAUUUCUCUAGAAGAGUUGGUACGAGAGGAUGAAGCAUGUGUACCAUUGCUUGACAUCAUACAUGCUUGUGAAGAGAUUCGAAGCUGGCUGCUCAAUCGGAAGACUGCUUUGACGAAUGAAGUCGGCGACAUGGAAGUUGAUGCUGAUGCUAGCACACCAUGCAAUAACCACAAGGACCCUGCAUACUGGAAAGGUUGCGUAUCAAAUUACACUGAGCCAUCAAAUGUUUCGGCGACUACAGAUACCACAGAUUUGGUCGACGGAGACGAUAACGACAGCGAUGCUAGUACAAUCAAAGGCGUCGACGAUAAGGCGAUCAAAUGGAAGCUCAACAAUGACUUCUACAAAACAGCUUUGGCUUCUGGUCCAGAACAAACGCUAGAGUAUGAAGAAUUUUAUGAAAUCGCUGCUUUGGCAGAGAAAGACCCCGAAGCUAUACUCCAUAAUGUUAGCGUGGAACUUGGUACAAACCCCAUCACAACCAGCCAGGCCAAGAUCCUUUACGCAUUUGUAUUCUAUCUCCAACGUGACAGAGUAGGUAUUGCGAAUAUGAUGAACGAGUACCUUGAUAGUCUGGAUUCGAAGAUAGACCCGGGCGACGAGGAGUUGUCAAAGUUGAAGAACGCGUUGAGGACAAUGGAUAUCAGAGUCAUUGGCGAAGCCAUUGCACCUGGUACAUCCUCUAGUACCUCCUCUGCAUCGUUUCCGACCACCCCUUCUACCCUUUCCGCCAGCACAAGCUCAAUUGAUGCUGAAGGCGGCUCUCGAAAGAAGAGAAAGUUCGCUGACGACGAUGAAGAAGAUGAGAUACUUUGA